AUGCUGGUGCCUGUUGUGAAUGUCGUCCCGCUUGUGGCUGUGACGGACUUGACCGCUGUGCCUGUGGUGAAAGUUGUCACGAAUGUCCCGCACCCGUGCAUGGCGGCCGAAGCAAGUGACAGUGAGGCAACCUGGAUGUGGGUGUGUUUCGAUGCGGCAGCCAAGAUGGAGAUCUUGGAGACAAACGGCCACAUGUUCCUAUACUACCAGACAGGAGAGGUGAACAAGACGCUUGCCUGGGCAAGCGUGAAGCCCACCAAACGCGAUUCCAACAGUGAUUGCCUUUGGUGUGGCAGGCAGGCUUGCUCCCAUGGGACGCGUUGUUCGCGGAAGAACUUUGCCUCUAAGUACUGCCACUGGAAAAGUACUAGCCAGUGCUGCGUAAAUUCACUCGACUGGAAAAAGAUCAAGUCGGCAUUUUGCCAGACGGCGUGA